AUGGUCGUUGGUUUGCGGAGUGGCGUGGGUUACGGCUUGGAGCAGGAGGAAUUCAAGAAGGAGAACCCCAGUGACAAAUACAUCAAGUUCCUACAGCAGGUUAUGCAAAACUCGCAGAAGCGCUUAGACUUUGCCCAGCAGAUGCUCCUGCAGAAGCAGUCGCAACCAUCUGAGGACAAGAUCACGGAGGACGUCAUCGACCAGAAAAUUGAGGGCAAGGACUGGCGCUUGCCAGAGAACCCAGAUGUCAGUCCCCGUUUCAACAGAGAGAAAGAAUUGGAGCAGAUUAAGAACUACAUAACCAAUCCGUGCGACUUUGCCAACAAGGAUGGUUUGUUCAACCUGCUGGGCACAUCUGGAAUGAAGGGCAUCGGGAAGACCCAGUUGCUGUUGAAUUCUUUACAGGCUGUGGAGAAAUUGUCUAACACCAAGGCUGUGUAUUUCACCUUCAAUCGACAUGGUGAUCUGAAAGAGAAGUUUCAAGAAUCGCGUCGACAAGGGCAUAGUCAUGCUAAGGCAUUGGGUCAUGCAAUCCUCACUGCGUGCUAUGUGCCCGAAGAGUUGGCCAUGACAUGCAAUUUUGAUGAAUGCCUCGAGCUCGUGUCCGCAAGCAGUGACGAGCGACUGGUCAUUUUCAUCGAUGAGCUUGGUCUGCUUGAUGCAUAUGAAAAAGAACCAGUGGUUGUGCCACUUCUUCGAUCCUUGAUGCGGUGCAUGAACAAGCGAAAGGGCAAACUCGUUUUUGUCUUCUCGCAUCUUCUUGAAGAGAUGUUGAAGCGCGGGGCAACUGACGAGAGUGGUCGCAAGAUUGAUGGAAUACCUUUGGUUGCUUUGGACAUUGACAUCUGGAGAACGAACUCCGGCUUCAGCGCAUGGGCAGAAGCGGCGCGCAAGCACGCUGGUAUUCAUCAGUUGUUGCUGUCCUGCGCUGGUCAUCCCCGUUGUCUCUUCGAGGGCUUGAAGGUGGUUGAGGACUUGUGCAAGUCGCCACCUCAGACGGCAAUCGCUUACGACCGAGCUCGACAGCAAAUUAUCAACGAGUGCAAGUUCGACGGCAUGGAAUACACACUUGAAGAAAGCAUGCUGAUGCAACGGUUCAGUCCGCUGGAGCAGAUGAACGAGACUGCCCUCGACCGUGCCGGCUUGCUGGUUCGUGUAAAGACAGGUCUUGGCAAGGAAACUGCAAGCUUCCUUCAUCCUCUCGUUCUGAGCUGGUGGGCACAGAAGAACAAAAAGUCCUCACGCCUCGCUAAGCACCUUUGCCAUGCCUACGAGUUCGAUGCCGAACUUGCAGAAGGUUCAGAGAAGCGGAUGGAAGGGGUCAUGUUCUACUACGAGGCGGUGCGUCGGAUUGCGCUUGAUGGCAAACCCAUUGAGUUGAGCCAGUUCUAUGUCACCGACUAUAUCGGCGACAAUUUCAAAAAGAUGUUGCUGGUGGGAGCGCUCCCUCAGGGUGGGGGCAGACUGGUAGAGUUUGUGAAGGACUUCAGCGACGUGAAGUUGGUCAUCGACUGGCUGAAGAAGGGUGCCAUAGUAGUCUCGCAGAAGCAGUCCGAAGAAGGCGUGGAGUAUCUCACGCCAUGGCGGCUGAAUGAUGCGGAAGGCAAGCUCGUGGUUGCCUGUGUCCAAUGCAAGUUUGUGAAAGACAAGGUCCCGUGGAGCAAGGUCAAGAAGCACAUGCACUCUGCCGUGGAACCCCUGAAGCAGAAGAAGAUAGAGGUUUUCCCAGUGAUUUAUGCCACGCCUGACCAAGACACCAUUCAGGAAAGCACUUACAACGAUGGUGUCUACUUUAACGAGGUCAGCAUUUUCAAAUUCACGAGCAAGUUGGGCAUCCUUCGGCUUCACACCGAGAAACUCGGCAAGAGCCUGCAGAAGGAAGUGCCCGUGCUCAACCGCUCCAGAAGCGAGGUUGCAGAUUAG